AUGCAUCAGCAUUGUUCCAGUGAAGAUAGCUCCACAAGGCCCUUAAUAUUGGUUACAGCUUCUGUAGACAAGAUGGUACUCAGGAGACCAAUUCGGGUAGAAACAGAUCUAACAAUAGCUGGUGCUGUUACUUGGGUCGGGCGAUCAUCCAUGGAGAUUCAACUGGAAGUUACUCAGCCCUGUGAAGAAUCAUCGGAUCCCUCAGAUGCACUUGCUCUCACAGCAAACUUCACCUUUGUGGCCCGUGAUUCCAAGACUGGAAAGUCAACUAUGAUUAACCAAAUCUCUCCCGAAACAGAAAAGGAAAAAUUGCUUUGUGAGGAGGCUGAACAAAGGAACAAAUCCAGGAAAAAGAAGAAAGGGCAACAGAAGAAAGAAAUUAGCGACGAGGAAUUGAAGAGGCUCAACGACUUGCUGUCUGAAGGCCGAGUUUUUUGCGACAUGCCGGCUUUAGCAGACAAAGAUAGUAUUCUUAUAAAGGAUACUUGCCUUCAAAACUCUCUUAUGUGCCAGCCACAGCAAAGGAACAUCCAUGGUAGGAUUUUCGGAGGGUUUUUAAUGAGAAGAGCUUUCGAGCUAGCCUUUGCAACUGCUUACUCGUUUUCUGGCAGUGCGCCUUGCUUUCUGGAAGUUGAUCAUGUAGAUUUCCUUAAACCGGUUGAUGUUGGGAACUUUCUACGUUUCAAUUCUUGUGUGUUGUUUACGGAACUUGAGAAUCCAGCACAACCGAUGAUUAAUGUGGAAGUUGUGGCUCACGUUAUGAGGCCUGAACAACGAUCUAGUGAGGUAUCGAAUAAGUUCUACUUCACAUUCACCAUCAACUCAAAUGCCCUUAAAAACGGUCAGAAGAUUUGGAAUGUCGUCCCUGCAACUGAGGAGGAAGCCAGACGAGUUAUCGAACGUAUUGAUGCUGAGAAGUCGUAG